CUGGUACGGCGCUUCAAAAAAUGGCACUGGCCCUUUAAGCCGUGGGCACUUCUGGUCACGUGGCCCACGGCCACCGGAAGGGGAAGUUUCUCUCGUGAUCGCUGCCUAGCUCGUCCGAAUUCGGUGGCGCCACGUCCGUCGGUCUCCGCCUCCUGCACAGCGGCUGCGCCUCCACUUUCCCUAGCCGAGCCGGCCGGGGAGCGCGGGGUGGGCACGGGAGGACGCGCGGCGCUGCGCAGCCGGUCACCUGACGGGCGACCAUGUCGGACAUCGGGGACUGGUUCAGGAGCAUCCCGGCCAUCACGCGCUACUGGUUUGCUGCCACCGUCGCUGUCCCCUUGAUCGGCAAGCUCGGUAUUAUCAGCCCGGCCUACUUCUUCCUCUGGCCCGAAGCCUUCCUCUAUCGCUUCCAGAUAUGGAGGCCGUUCACUGCCACCUUUUAUUUCCCCGUGGGUCCAGGAACUGGAUUUCUUUAUUUGGUCAAUUUAUAUUUCUUAUAUCAGUAUUCUACACGGCUUGAAGCAGGAGCUUUUGACGGGAGGCCAGCAGACUAUUUAUUCAUGCUUCUCUUUAACUGGAUCUGCAUCGUUAUUACUGGCUUAGCAAUGGAUAUGCAGUUGCUGAUGAUUCCUCUGAUCAUGUCAGUGCUUUACGUCUGGGCCCAGCUGAACAGAGACCUGAUUGUAUCAUUUUGGUUUGGAACACGAUUUAAGGCCUGUUACUUACCUUGGGUUAUCCUCGGAUUCAACUAUAUCAUUGGAGGCUCGGUGAUCAAUGAGCUCAUUGGAAACCUUGUUGGACAUCUUUAUUUCUUCCUGAUGUUCAGAUACCCAAUGGACUUGGGAGGAAGGAAUUUUCUGUCCACACCUCAGUUUUUGUACCGCUGGCUACCCAGCAGGAGAGGAGGGGUGUCAGGGUUUGGUGUGCCCCCUGCUAGCAUGAGGCGAGCUGCUGAUCAGAAUGGCGGAGGCGGGAGACACAACUGGGGCCAGGGCUUCCGACUUGGAGACCAGUGAGGAGCAGCCCUGGCCUGCUCACUAGCCAUGCUAAGCAGAUGACAGUCUCCUCCCAGUGCUGGGCACGCUUAGUGGCCGAGCUCUGGCUGCCGCUCUUGGACCUGACCCACACUGAAUGUAGUUUUCGGUACAAGACACAUUUUUAAAUCCUGAAGGAAAAUACAAGUGUUCCUCCAGUUUCAUGACUCUCAUUCAAGUCCUUACUGCUAUGAAGAACAAAUAUCAGCUGUGCAGAUUCAAAACUGACUCAUUUUCUGGUGUCUUCUCUUCCUCCCCUUCCAUCUGAAAUAUGAGCUGGGCAGGAGGGGUUGAUUAACCAAAUCACAGCACCCUUCCUCUCUCACACACAUGUCCCAGAGUUGCAGCUAGACUUGUCCACAGAAGGGUUUUGCCUUUGACAGGCUUAUGUACUGACUUUUGCCAAAGCUUGGUCACAAAGAGCUGGUUCACACAUCGUCCUCGGCCAUCACGGGCAGGACUGUAACAGUAGGGAGAAGAUUGGAGCAGCAGAGGAGGAGCUUUCUCGGCUGUGGGGCCUGCAUCCGCCUGUCAGCAGUGCCGUCAUUUGCCGCCUUCUCAGAUAUUUAUCCACAAAUGCACUGCUGAAUCAGUGAGGCCCAGACCGGGAGGGAUGAGGUUUAGGACUUGUUGCCAGGCACUUUUCUCUCUCUGAGCCAAGUGAUCAAAUCCAUAGUGGAGUUGCUCCCAACACAGGGCAUGGGUUUAAAUGUGAUCCCCUUGCGUUUCUUCCGUGCAGCGAACUGGCUUUGUGUGCCGAGAGCUUUUGUGCUGCGCUGUGUUAUGUUAGGAGGCUCCAGACCACACUGGCCAGACACAUGUCCCUGGAGGCAAGCACGCUUCAGGGCAUCGAUUCCGUUUCAUCCUCACUGGUGAUGCGCGGUCACCGAGUCAGUGGAGAAGAGAGUGUCAGACUUUCAAUUUUUCGUUCAUUGUUUUUUGUUCCAUGCCUUUUCUGGUCAAGUGUUUGUGUUAAUGGUAAGGGAAGUACAGUUCUUCAGAUGUGUGUCGAUCAGUUUGUAAGGCUAAUAGGGGCCCAUCAGAAGGGGGCAUAAUGAGGUUCCGAUAGCUUUAGGAUCAUUUGCGUUUGAAAGUCUUUAUUAUCUUGGGUCAUGCAUGUAUACACUUUGUGAAUCAGACCUGUUCCCCUUUUAUAGGUGGGCUUUUGCCAGCAGAGCUCAGCUUAUCACUAAAUAAAGUUUUCUGAAGGCUACAGUGCUUUAUAUAGUUACUUUAUGUUGUCAUUCUGAAAUCAGACUGCUUGUUGCACUGUGAUGUAGCCAGUAUGCUCUGAAUGAUGUCUGAAGGUUUUUUAAUACUUUGGUUUUUCCUUUGAGGAAAUGUGUCUUAACAGUGUGACCUAUCUUUCUCUGCUCAUUAAAAAACUGUGAUGUAUAUUAUGUUAGGAAGGGGGAAUUUGAAAAAGAGCCCCCCCUUCUCAUAAGUUUGUGUACCUCUCCAUAUUUAAUUUAUAUGAUAAACUAUUGGGUGGAGAGAGGCUGAUCCUAAACCGCCUGGUUCUCCUGCUGACCUGAGGCUGUGAGAUAAAAUGUGUGUAAGAUUCCGCAAGCUGAUCUCCCUAUGGCGUUGCAUGUGCAUUCCUGUGCCAGCUGGAGGAGGCUCAGGUUCAGGAAGGACUACCAGUUGAGCGAGCAAGAGAUUGUUCUAUGUCCUGGUACCAGGCUGGCUCCUGGGAGUACUUACUGGCUUUUCUAAGGAUCUGCAAGUAUGGAGAACUUUUCUGUACAAGGCAAAUGUUCAUAAAAUUCUUUCUCCUGGACAUGAUUAGGAAGCUGAUAAUUUUAUUAUCUUGCCUGGGUUACCAGUCCUUCCAGGGUAGUUUUACCAAAGUGAGCUGUUUGAGUAUUGACUUCACAAGGUAAGAAUUCACAGUGGAUUCUCUUUAUGAAUGUGAAAAAAAAAAACAAACCAACCCUUAUUUUGUACAGACAGCUUUCCAUUUUGUAACUAAUCCUUUUUACAGGUAAAUAUUGUAAAUUAAAAUGUGCAACUUGAAGGCUGUCUGUGUUAAGUUUCCAUACCUCUGCUGUGGUGUGUUAUAUGAUGUAAUUUAUGUUAUUGUCUUCACUGGAUCAAUUUUAUGUGAUCUCCAGUAGUUUUUGACUAGCAGGACAGCAAGCCUUUUUGUAUGUAAUUAGUGUUUACAUAUUAGAGAAUGUCGGAAUUCCUGGAAGAAAUUAGUACUGAGUUUUCCUUUGUGUGUGUGAGCGAGUGCGUGUGCGCAUGUGCGGGGACAGCGGGGCAGGACAGUGGGGGUGUGUGUGAGAGAGAAAAAGAUGGUAUGUGAAUGCCUGUGUGUGUGUUGUGUGUUUGUGUAUGUGAGAGAGAGAGAAUUGAAUGAAUGAAUGAAUGAAUGAAUGAAUGUGUGUGUGUGCGCGCACAUGUUGGUUUUGGUAUAUAGCCUAGACUGUCUGCAAACUUGGAGUUUUGCUUCAGUCUUUCAAGUUGUGGAAUUAGGCAUUUACCACCACAAUUGGCUUGGCUUUUACUUAAUGAAGCAGGAUGCUUCCAAAUUUUAGAUUAGGAGUCACAGCUGAUGGCGCUGUGCUUUGUAGCCUUUCUGUAGCUUUCACCCAUGAGUGAGAGUUUUAGAACUCUGAAAUUAGAUAAACCCUCCGUAGGUAAGAACACCAGACUAGGACACACAUACCAAGGUUUUACCUUAAAGGUGAGCAGUUUGAGUUUGGCUUCCUGGCCUUGUGAUGUGUUUAUCCCAAGAUGGGUCAACAACAGGAAGCAGGGCUGUGCACCUACAUCUUAGUAGAGAAAUAAUGGACCAAUAGGAAGGAGAGACCCUGAUGAUUUGGAAAGACAGGACAUUGCCAGUAGUCUCAUGGUAGUUGAGCUACGUUUUGAAUAGCUAAUGAUAGGCAGUGUUGCAGCUGCCAGCAUCUUCAUUGCCAACUGUGUGUGAGGUCCCUCGCCAUUUUAUGUUUUCAGUAGUAACAAGACUGGAUAAUGAAACUGCCAACCCUUGGGGGGAAGGUACAGGUCUUUCUGGACUUUGCACAAGGUAGUGUUUUAGAAGCCUGGUCUGGGCAAAGCAUGCUUGCUGGCAGUUAAUUUGCUUUCUAUAGUGGCUGUGGAUCGGGAUUGGGGAAAUAGUGGGCACUUGCCCAGGUGUUUUCCUUUUCCCAAAUUAGUUGUUACGUUUGUGCCUCUCUGUCCUGACAUACUAAUGCCUGUAUUCAGCCAUGUCCCAUUGUGAAUAUUUUAAGACUCUGGUUUCCUUUCUGCUUCAUGAUGAGGAUCAUUUGAGACUGGAGGAGAGUGAUUCUCUUGUCAUGCCCUUUCUACAUGUUUUUAAAGUUUCUGGUGAUUCUGAUAUUCAGUUGGCUUUGGGAAUCGAUGUUUAAACCAACUUCUUUUUCUUUUAUUAAAUGUGUUCUUUUGAUAAUUUCA